AUGAUGCGUCUGGCCAAGCUCUCGUACGGGCUUACAUUCAAAAAUGGUGCUCAGAAAUGCGCAGAGCAGCCUCCGAGUGGCAAAUGCCAGCCAGCGCUCAUGGGCAAGGUUGUGUUUGGCAGCGGCACCAGCCGGAGCAGCAUUGGCAGUAUUGGUAACGGUCUGGCGCAAAACAAUAGCAACGGUCACGGAUCGGCAGUAGAACCAUUAACAGGUGGUGUGGCACAGCACAUCAGCACGACGCAGGAGAAGCGGUUGGACGGCAGCAACAAGAGCAGUAAGAGCAGCCGGUGUAGCCGGAGCAGUAACAGCAAACUACGAAAAUCAAAGCCAAAGACAAAGUGCUUCGGUGGCACAGUGUUUCGCUGUUGCCUACCUUGUCGCGGGGGCGGCUCCGCAGCCCCCGCCACAAGUCCGUCUCAAUCGCCCGUGCAGACAACGGACGACUUGAAGCAGCUUUCCGAGAAUAAGCAACAGCAGCAGCAAGGCGGCGACUUAGAACAACAAUCACCACAGGAAACGCUCGGAGAUCUCGAGUCCGGUUUGGUGACAGGUGAAAAAAAACACUCGCUGGCCGACACAAUUGGCACCUCUGUGACCACGCCCAUUUCUCUUAAAACGCUCAUCAACGACGUUGAUGAGGACUUAGAACAACCGCUUAGUGCCGCAGAUAUUGCAGCCGCCAGCUUGUCCAGUGGCAUUGUAGCGCGUCGCGCCGAACCCGAAACCCUCAGUGACGCCAGUGUCUCACCCACGGCAGUGGUACUUCAAGUAACUACAGGCAGUGCGCCACAAAACGCUCUGAGCUUGCUCACGACCAGUGUGAGCAACACCACAGCAUCGGGUGGCGCAGGUGUAGCAGGAACGUUGCUGUCGAAUAAGCCCGUCUCGCCAACGCCAUCGCCGUCGCCCAGUCCUACGUCUUCAGAGGAAGAAGAAUCCGAACAACACUUGGCCAAUAAUAAGCAACAAACAGGCACUGAGACAGCUGGCUCGGAACAGCAAGAACAACCACAAACUACUAUAACUGUAGGCUCCGUUGGCAACUAUUGUGGCAGCUGUGAGAGUGUGCAUCACUCCUCCGGAACCUCGUCGUCGGCCACCGGAAUUACCGGGGCUACCGAACGCAGCGGUCAAGCCCAGAUUGAUUAUACAAGCGCUUCAACACCAUCGCCGCGCAUUAAGCUAAAGUUUCGCAAGCCCCACAAGUCCUGCUGGUCACGCAUUGUACUUGCGCCUAUCGGUAGCACCACUGCCGGCAGCUCUUCGGCCACCGUUAUCGGUAGCAACUCGAACGAGACACUCGCCUCGACCGGAAGUACCGGCAACACAAAUACUAAUAACAGCAGCAGCGCUAGCGUUGCCGCCCAUCAUCGCCUUGCCUCGUCGUCGGCCUCGGCGCUUGCAUCGCAUCCAAGCAACUCACAGCUACUGCCCACCAAAAUGCAGGCCGAACAGGGAUCUAUCUGCGAUCUGCAGAAAUAUCAUAGUCGCUAUCUGAAGAAUCGCAGGCACACGUUGGCCAAUGUCCGGAAACAGGAAGAAGAUGCUGAGUCAGGCGAGUAA